AUGGCAUCAGAGCAAACGGCACAGCAUGGCGCUUUCAAGCCUCCGCAAGCUUCCCAAAGCCAAUCAAAACCUGGGCUUGAAAAGAACAUGCAGCCUGCUAGUGAAUCGACCAAGCUUGAGCACACUGACGAGUUCAUCGAGUAUGUUGGAAGCGGCAAGCUGAAAGACAAGAAUGUGUUGAUCACCGGUGGAGACUCUGGCAUUGGCCGGUCUGUUGCAAUCCUCAUGGCAAAAGAGGGUGCCGAUGUGACCAUUGCUCAUCUCCCCGAAGAGCAAACAGACGCUGAAGACACAAAGAAAUUGGUAAAGGCAGAAAAGAGGAUGUGUGCUCUAUUUGCCGGAGAUCUCACGGAUUAUGAAAAUUGCCGCAAAGCUGUCGAUCAGCACUUCCAGAGUUAUGGAAGCGUCAAUAUUCUCGUGAACAAUGCAUCCAAGCAGUACAUUUGCAAGAACUUUACGGAUAUUGAUAUGUGUAACGUUGAGAAUCUUUUCCGGACCAAUAUCCUGCAGAUGUUUGCGAUGACCAAAUUUGCACUGCCCUACAUGAAGAAGGGGGACUCGAUCAUCAACACAACGUCUGUGGUCACUUUCCGUGGUUCUUCUAGCAUGGUAGAUUACGCAGCUACCAAAGGAUCAAUUGUAGGAUUCACACGCUCCCUAGCGUCUCAGCUGAUCCCCAAAGGGAUAAGGGUUAAUGCCGUAGCACCUGGAGCGGUAUAUACUCCUAUCCAGUCAGAUACACGGCCGGCGAAGCAGAUGGAGAAUUGGCAUUCGAAAUCCCCCCUAGGUCGCCCUGGCCAACCAAGUGAAGUUGCGCCCACUUUUGUUUUCCUAGCCAGCCCCGAGUCUUCGCUGUACUAUGGUCAAAUCCUUCAUUGUUAUCCACUUGGCGAUUAG